AUGGUUUGGUCAUUAGCCCGCGAGCAAGCACCGGGGCUGGCUUGGCUGGCUGGUAACUGGUACAGUUCUGUCUGUGACGUGACAGCGGCUCGGCUCAAGGCGGAGGAGGCUGGUGCGGCCCAGCACGCAGUUCACGUGCGCCCCGUCACGACACAUACAGUACCGCCCGUAUUGCUGCGUCCUGAGUGGCCGUGUUCUGCUCAAAGUCAGGCCAGCCUCGGAACGCACAUCCUGCGCAUCCUCCCGGCGAACACCUAUCACUAUCAUGCGGCAAAGCCAUCUCGCCGUGAUGCUGGUCCUGUUGCGGCCCUGGUGGCUGAUGGCUGGUUUUGGGCCCUAUCCCGUGGAAACGGACGCCCGCUGCUGGGAUUCGAGGCUGGGACGAGCAUCGGCUGUGCAGAGGACCAGGGCAACGGAGCAGUCGCUGUCUGUUGA